AUGGAAGCCGAGGAGUUUGCCAAAGAACAGCAACAAAUAUACAAAUCAGCAGAAAUAAAUGGCUACGACAAAAGAUUCGUGGACAAAAUUCUAGGAAAACAAAAACGCAAACAAGAGAAACAACAAAUCACCACACUAUUGCCCGGAAGUAGUGAAAUAAAAAGGAUCAGUUUACCAUUCUACCCCAAAGUAACCAACCGAAUAAAAAAUACACUGAGAAGACUUAAUUUUCAAAUCGUGCACAAAAGCGAAAACACAUUGCGGGACUUGCUAUGCAAUUUAAAAGACAAAGUUCCCCCAGAUGAGCAUUCCGGAAUAUACCGGAUUCCAUGCCAGAAUUGUCCCUCGGUGUAUAUCGGGCAAACUCGACGCAAGGUGAAAGUGCGAAUCAAAGAACAUAAACACGCCGUUGAUAAUGCAAAGUCCUGCGAAUCUAGUGUAGCCGCCCACACCGUAACUUUAGACCACCAAAUAGACUGGAAAAACGCGAAAAUUAUUAAAAACGUAAGAAAAACGUCCCACUUAAAUGCUUAG